CUUCGACUGUUAUGUUAUCUGAGGGUCAAAAAGUGAAGUGAGAACACAGGAACAAAAGAGAGGAGCAAAUCGGGGGCCUUUUUUGCAGCUACAGUGGGUGGAGGAUUAAUCGUGUUGAUUGCUUUACUGGUAGCUCCAUUGUUGCUGUUCGAAAUACGGCUUCGAUUUGGGGGAUUUGUUUGCUAGAUCGCGUCCCGCACCCGAAAUCGUUGCUAGUGAUGUCGGGCUACAGAGCAGAGGAUGACUAUGACUACCUCUUCAAGGUGGUUUUGAUUGGGGACUCAGGUGUGGGGAAGUCUAAUUUGCUUUCGCGAUUCACCAGGAACGAGUUCAGCCUCGAGUCCAAAUCGACUAUCGGUGUUGAGUUCGCCACCAGGAGCUUGACAGUUGAUGGAAAGGUCAUUAAAGCUCAGAUUUGGGACACUGCUGGCCAGGAGAGGUACCGAGCCAUCACCAGCGCGUACUAUCGCGGUGCUGUUGGCGCUUUGCUCGUCUACGAUGUAACCAGACACUCGACAUUCGAAAAUGUCGAAAGGUGGCUAAAGGAACUGCGAGAUCACACCGACCCCAACAUUGUUGUCAUGCUCAUUGGCAACAAAUCCGACCUUCGACAUCUAGUGGCUGUCUCAACUGAAGACGGGACCUCCUUUGCUGAGAGGGAGUCGCUCUGCUUCAUGGAAACUUCUGCGCUCGACGCCACUAAUGUCGACAAUGCGUUCACCGAGGUUCUUGCGCAGAUAUACCACAUUGUGAGCAAGAAGACAAUGGAGACAACCGAUAAUGGCGAUGCAUCGAAUGUCCCUUCCAAGGGCGAGAAAAUCGACGUAGGCAAAGAUGUGUCCGACAUCAAGAAAGGCGGCUGCUGCUCCUAGUAAGCCAUUUUUUAAAUUUUUUUGGGAGGAGUUUGUGGUGAGAAUAGUCGUAACUAUUGAUUCGAUAUGAUAUGAAGUGUUAUGUUGCUGCAUCUACUGGAGAUUAUGUUGUAAAAAAAAAAAAAAUGAAUUUGACUGUUGGUGACACGCUCUUUGUAUUCUGCUGCAGUGAUUUUUAACGUUUAGGGACUUUUAGGAAAAUGAUAUUCUGAAUCAGACAAGGUUUUCAUUUCAUUACAUGGCUUCAGUUGUAGUUUCCCUUUUCA